AUGUCUAAACCCCAAGCGGAAUCAAGCUCAAACCCACCCAACAGCAGCGAAGACUGGAAAUCGCAGCCCCCGUACCGUACCACGCACUGCAACGAGCACUUCGCGAAGACGUGGACGGCGCACUGCCACUGCGGACGCGUCAAUUACUGGCUCUCGCGAUCCGCACCCCUCGCCAGCAAAUUCUGCCACUGCGUGGACUGCCAGGCCUUGCACGGGGCGCCCUUCCAAUGGGCCGCCAUCUUCGAGAAGGCGGACCUGCACUUCGAGCGCGGCGUCGAAGGGCUGGCGUUCUAUCACUCUCCCGACAAGUCGACGGAGCAUAAGCUGCCUUGCAAGGUGAGCUGCGCGUACUGCCACUCGCCGAUUAUGGAUGAGGGAAGGAAGAUGGUGUUGAUGUUCCCGGGCAUUAUUGAGUUUGGCGAUGCGGAGCGUAAGAAGGCGUUUGAUCCUCAGUGUCACAUUUUCUAUAGCCAGCGCGUUGUGGAUAUACACGACGGGAAGCCCAAGUGGUCGCGGCUGGACGGGCAGAGUGAGCUGAUGAAGGAGGUAGACAGAUUAGACUCAGAUGAGCACACUGUCCUAGGCGAAGCCAGAAUUGAGCAUAUAGAGAAUUAA